AUGGCCACUCUCAACACUCUCAAGCUGGCUCUCAGGCAGGAGGCCAGUGCAUUUUCAUCGCCAAGACAGCCCCUAACAAAUGCCCAAUACAGUAUUGGCUUCGAAAUUUUGAUGCGUGAAUCAGCAUGGAUAACAUAUCGAGACUUCAUCAUCCCCCAGCUAACUCAAGUGCUUACCCCCUUUCUGGAAUCGCAGACUAGCAUCUCGGUCCUAGAAAUCGGACCUGGUCCAAAGAGCGUGCUUGGUCAGCUUCCCAGAGUCCUGAGAGACAUAAUCAGAAGAUACACAGCAUUUGAACCGAAUGAGCUCUUUGCCAUACGAAUGGAGGAAUGGCUUUACCCAACGUCUGGAACAGAGUCUCCGCUGCCCUGUCUCGAACGUCGGGCUACGAUUCAUCGAAUGCCAUUCAGUCUUUCUGAGACUGUUACUGGAAUUGACAAAUUCGACGUCAUUCUCUUCUGCCACAGCAUGUAUGGCAUGAAUCCCAAAGUCACGAUCAUGCAAAGGGCACUGGAAAUGCUAGUUGACCAGCCCAAACACGGAAUAGUCGUCGUUUUCCAUCGGGACGGCUCACUACACUUUGAGGGCCUAGUGUGCCAUCGAACAGCUUCUUUCCCAACAGGAGCUGUCUCCGUGGCAGAUGACAAUCAAGAACUGGAUCGUUUCACCUCCUUCGUGGCGGGUUUCACCUUAGAGGAUAUCAAAAAGUACAGGGCUCUUCGGAUCGCAUGGCAAAAGGUCUGCCGUGCCUUGGGUCGACGUGAUAAGUCCUAUCCCGGGCAACUCUUCUUUAGCUCGCCCGAUAUUAUGACAACCUUUACCAGGCAUGCUACUGGACUGCCAGAGCUAAUGAUACAAAUGCCGUUACUGGAAGGAGCCAGGGUUGUCAAGAACCGAGAGGCUGUAUCUCACCACCCUGCCUUUAUUGUGAGGCCGAAGGAGAUUCGACACAUUCAGGAUUGCGUUCAAUGGGCACUGAGACACCGGGUUGGUCUGACCAUCACCGGUGGAGGCCACAGCGGCCACUGCAGAUGGCCCAACGUUGUCGCCGUCGACAUGAGUGCCUUUGCUGAAGUCCACAUUCUCACUGCCGGACACUGUGGAGAAGGAUCUGGCUCUGAUUCUGGUCCCCUGAUCAUCGCCGAAGCCGGCUGCACGACUGGUGAUAUUAUCCACGAAGCCAUGGAGGUGGGCUUGACAGUUCCCCUGGGGUCCCGUCCCAGCGUUGGUGCAGGCCUAUGGCUACAAGGCGGCAUCGGGCAUCUGGCACGACUGUACGGGCUCUCCUGCGAUGCCAUUGUUGGUGCCGUCAUCAUCAGCGUUGAAAAUGGCCAGAUCCUGUGCAUUGGCCACGUUCCAGUUCAUCAUCACCCAGCAAGUGCCAUAUGCCCUACGAAUGAAACUGAACUGCUGUGGGCCAUAAGGGGCGCUGGAACCAACUUUGGCAUUGUCGUCAGCGUCGUGUUCAAAGCAUACCCAGCUUUGACAAAAUCCGUGCGCAACUGGGUUAUCCCACUGAGUGAUAAGAAUGAAGCAGGACCCAAAUUCAACUAUCUUGACCACUUCGUCGCCCAGAAGCUCAGUGAGGAUUGCUCGCUAGAUCUGUACAUGUACUUCGACAAGGGCAAGCUACAUUUGGGCGUUGCCUUGUUCGAGAAUCCGACAGCCCAGUCCACCUCAAUCGCCGCUUUCAUAGGCAGAACUUUAGGGCCGGAAAACAGUUCGAAGACUGUAGACGGCGUGGGUUUGUUUGGGGCUGACAUGUUCAUCGCCGAGAUGCAUGGCGGGCACGGCGGAAACAAGACAUCCUCGUUCAAGAGAUGCAUCUUCUUGAAAGAUAUUGGAGAUCCGAGAAUCGUCAACAAGCUGAUCAAAGCCAUGAAGACUCGCCCCACGCCACUCAGCUACCUCCAUCUCCUCCAAGGUGGCAGAGCGAUGCGCAGCAUAGCAGCUCAUGCGACUGCCUUUGGCUAUCGAGACUGGGAUUUUGCUUGCGUGAUCACAGGAGUUUGGCAUCGCGACCAAGAUGAAACCGAGCUCGCUCGCUCCGUCGUGGACUGGGUAUACAAUCUCGCCACAGAGUUGCUACCCUUGAGCCGAGGAAUUUACAGUGCAGACCUCGGGCCUGAUCCGAGAGACGCUACUCUAGCGGCUAAGGCUUUCGGCCCGAACCGGCCGCAUUUAGCUCGUCUCAAACAUAUCUUGGAUCCGCAUGAUGUGCUCGCUUAUGCUUGUCCCAUUCGCAGAUUCCCUAUCCGACAGAGGCUUAUAGUCCUCGUGACGGGCGAAAGUGGUGCCGGUAAGGACUAUUGCGCGGAGAUCUGGUCAGCCAAUUUCAACGCAAAUACGGACAGCAACCUGGAUGCGCGCACAGUUAGCAUCAGCGACUUGACAAAGAGAGAAUACGCUGCAGCAACUCCUGGCGUCGAUCUCGCACGCUUACUUAAUGACCGUGCUUAUAAAGAAAGGCACAGGUCAGCGUUGACGGCUUUUUUCAAUGACCAGCUGAGGCGUCGACCUGGAUUACUGGAAGAGCAUUUUCUGGACGUGGCAUACCAUGCCAUGAAUGUGGAUGUGCUGUUCAUCACGGGGAUGAGAGAAUCAAACCUGCUGGCAGCUUAUUGGCACUUGGUGCCAGAAUGUAGAUUGCUCGAAGUUCGCGUCCAAGCGACCAAGCACACCCGACAGGCGCGUCGGAGGUUUCCCGAUGAUGAUGCUGAUGCUGAUGGUGACGAGGUAACGGUAUGCGAUGACUGUCCAAGUCUCAUCUUCAACAAUGAAAAUGCCGGAACAGAUGCGGUGCACAAGUUUGCUAUGGAUUCCCUGCUGCCCUUGUUCGAUGAGGAUAUUCAGCGCCUGGCUAACAUGGUGCGCCCUGCACCCGACUUUCCACGCCAGGGUAUCACCUUCCAACAUGUGCUCGACAUCGCGCAGCAACCAGGUGGGCUAAAGCUGUGCACACGCCUACUGGGAAAAUUUUACGUCGGUGACUGGACUCGUGUUGGUGCUAUAGUGUGCCCUGAGACCGGUGGCUUCAUCUUCGCCUCGCCGUUGGCAGAGCAAUUCGACAUACUUCUAGCACUGAUUCGGGAAGCUGGUAAGCUUCCACCACCAACUAUUGCUGUCUCCAAGCCGACUUCACAUAUUUCAUCUUCGACAUCCGGUCAUGCAAAGGAAAGCAGUCUUGAAAUGAAGAUGUAUUUGAUCCCUCAAGGUUCUUCUGUGGUCGUGGUGGAUGAUGUCCUUGCGACGGGAAAGACCCUGUGCGCUGCGCUAGAGUUAUUGCAGGAAUCUGGCAUCAGAAAGAAUGAUAUCAGCGUCUUGGUCGUGGCUGAGUUCCCUGUUCAUCGUGGUCGGCGAUUGUUACGCGAAUGUGGGUUUGGUUCUGUGAGCGUUCGAAGUCUUUUGGUUUUCGAUGGGGUUUGA